AUGACGCUGCUGGCCUCCGAGAGGUCGCUUCUCAUCCGGAGCAAGUUCCGCUCAGUCCUGCAGCUGAGGAUCCAGAACCGGAGGCAGAACGAGAUCAAUGCGGACUCUGGGCUGAAGUCCACCUGUGCCUCUCAGAAGGGGGAGAAAGACCAGGGUGAAGCUCUGCGUCUGACUGACGAUGGCGCCGCUCAGAAGUUGCCCCCUAGUGGUGUGAACACGGAAACUGCACAAGUCAGGAGUGUGUGUGGGGCCCAGCGGCAGAAGAAAUCUCGGCAGGCGGGGGACCUCAGUGAGAACGUCCAACGUCGGCCCAGAUCCCUGGAGCAACAGCACAAACACACCCGGCCCCUGGAGAACCGUCCUGUCACCUUCCCUCUCCCCGCAGAUGUCUUCGAAGAUGACAUCUCCUCUUGCUCCUCCUCGUCUGCUGAGCAACAGAUUGCAAGGGACUGGACGCACCAAUCACAAGGCUUCACUUCACUGCCGGGGCUCGCAGGUGACCAAUUACUGAGUGACUUGUCACCUGUGGUGGUGUCUGCAAACCAAAGCCCCAGUCAUGCUCAGUCUGGUUUGGUGUUGCUCCCGGCAACCGAGGGCAAAAGCCAGCCAAUGAGCAUCACCCUGGGCAAAUCAAACUCCAUGGCAACGACCGGGAGACUGAAUGGGAUGUAUUUGACCCCUCAGACCACAACCCUGCUGCCAAAGACGGCUCAGCCUCCCAGCCCCUCCUCUUCUUCCUCCAUGCGUCCCUCCAUCAUCUCCAGCCGUCUCCCCCACCCACGGAAACCGCGGGAUGCCAAACCCAAAAUGAGGAAACUCAAAUACCACCAAUACAUUCCUCCGGACCAGAGGGGAGGGUCUGGGACUGGGGGGGGAGGGGCCAAACCAAAGAGUCCCAGCUCCGCCCAGCCCAUUGACCCCGCCUACUCCCGUCUCUUGAAGCAGCAGCAGGUUUUCCUCCAGCUGCAGAUCCUCCAAAACCAACAGAAACAACAGCUUCAGCAAGAGCAGCUGCAGCAACCACAACAACAACUCACUGUAACACCCAGUGGAAACACCAAACAGAGUGUGAGGUCGUCUGGAGCCAUGCCUCAGAACCCCCAACCUGUCCCCGCCACCACAAAUCACACUCCUGUGGACAUAAGUCCCACCCACAAGCCCGAGCUCCUUCCUCCUAACCUCGCUGACUUAACGGUGUCAGAGUUGCGUCAGCAGUUGCGCAAGCGUGGCCUUCCUGUCUCCGGCACCAAGCCUGCCCUCUUGCAGCGCCUGCGCCCCUUCCAGCUGCCCCGCACCUGCCCCGCCCCUUCCCCCCUCUACCAGCUGGGUACCAGCCUGGAGCCCCUGACGCUUCCACCCAACCACAGCCCCAACUCCACCUCCGGCUCUGGACCUGACUCCCCCACCAGCGUCAGCAGCCCAAAACAACAGAUCUACAUCCAGCACAGCAGCAUUCCCAACGGGAUGUUCCCAGACGGAGUUCCACAGGGAAUUAUAAACGGUGCCCCUCGCGACCUCUCCAACUCGGUUCUGGUCAGUGUGGAGGGGGAACAGUGCGGGUUGACAAACACUGUCUUCCUGGCACCCGCCAGCACUCCUUCUGGGACCCCAAGCCCCAGCCUACCGCUGGCCUCCUCCUCCUCUUCCUCCUCCUCCUCCUCUCCGUCACCCCUGCAGUCUGGCAUCUCCUGGAAAACUGAGCAGGAGCAGCAGCAGCAACAGCAGGAGCUUAAUGUAGAGCUGGAGAUGAGGGAGAGGAUAAGGAGCAGAUCUAGAGAUCAGGCUAACACUGGCAAUGAGGCUUUUGGAGUAUCCCUCCAUCCGUUCCUGCAACAGGAUCCAGGAUGCCCCAGAGGGAAGCCCGAGACAGACGGACAGACUGAGGUGUUGUUCACCCAGAUGUUCUGCUGCCAGCCGUGUGAUGCAAUUGGACAAGACUUUGAGCUGCCAGUGCAGAUUACUGCCAGUCCUGUCCGGAGCUCGCCCGGUCUCCGCAGCUUGGAGGAAGAGUUACAGGAGGCCAUCCAGAAAGCACAGAUGGACCCCAGCCAGUCCAUAGACGACAUACUGGAUGAAGCCAUCACUUGUGUCGACUCUGUUGACACACCUGACGUCAAAUCUCCAGUGCACUUGAUCUCUGGCCCUUCUCCUCCUCCUCCUCCUCCUCCAGCUGACCAACCUCAAGCCUCCCAUCACCACACGAAGGAGGACAACUUCCUGUCCUCACCCCUUUGCUCCUCCCUCCUGCUGGAGCUGCCUCCAUCUCCCGCCGCGACGGCUCCAAGCCAAGCAGCCCCGGCUCCUCCCCCGCCUCCCCCUUGUGUCUCCCCUCUGUCAUCCAGUGGGAGCUCACGGAAAAGGAGGGCUCCAGCUACCUUCGAAGCUGCCGAUUGGCUCGAAAUGCUGACGUCGGGCCUCCGCCCGCUCACUCCACCUGCAGCUCCGUUUGUUGAGAGUGACUUUGGUCUGGAUUUAGACCUGAAUGUCAACAGGGUGCUUGAUCUAAUGAUAGAGCAGUGGUAA